AUGUACAUCGGGCUCUUUGCGACUUUCCCAAAAACAAAAAAAAAAAAAAAAAAUGCAGUAAAGAAAGAAAGAAAGAAAGAAGAAAAGAAGAAAAGAAAGAAGCAAACAAAAGGGGAGGAAGAAGCCAGAACGCCUGGAGAGCAGCAAAGGGGGAACGCAGCUCGGCAGCUGGGAAAGGCAGAUGGCAGCAGGCCGGAAGGAAAUGUGACCCCUAAGUAG